AUGGCCCCUUCUUCAAGGCAGUCCAGAAAUCUGGGACAGAUUAUUGAAUACAUUCCAGAUCGUCUCUAUCUUGCGUCUUACGUCGAGACUCCGGAUGCCAACACGGUCUUCCCGUACCCCGACCCACCUCCACGAUCGCCGAGCAAGAGGUCGCAACGCUCGCUCGAAUCCCCCGCCCCAACACCGCAGCAUAAACAGCCCUUCUACUUCACCGUUGAUGAUACCCUCCUUUACAAUGCGUUUCACCACGACUUCGGUCCGCUCCACAUCGGCCACCUCUACCGCUUUGCGCUGCAGUUCCACGAGAUUUUGGGCGCGAAGGAGAACAAGGACAGGCCAAUUGUGUUUUGGAGCAUGGCUGACCCACGCAGCCGCGCCAAUGCGUCGUGCUUGCUCGCAUGCUACAUGGUCCUCAUCCAGUCGUGGCCACCACACCUAGCCUUGGCGCCCGUUGCGCAGGUUGAUCCACCGCUGAUGCCUUUCAGGGAUGCCGGAUAUAGUCAGGCCGAUUACGGAAUCACCGUCCAAGACGUCGUAUAUGGUGUCUGGAAGGCAAAGGAGGAGGGCUGCUGCGUUUUGGAGUCCUUUGACCUCGAUGAGUAUGAGCGCUUCGAGCGCGUUGAGCAGGGUGACUUCAACUGGAUCACACCUCACUUUCUCGCCUUUGCCUCUCCCCAGAGCAACCCCUCUGCCCGCACCAUUGAGGGCACCGACGAUUGGAUGGCGUUACCUAAGACGUUGGACGCCGUCGCAACUCACCCAACACUAGCGCAGCCAUUCAAGAAUGUGUUGGAACAUUUCACGGAGAGGAACAUUGGUCUGGUGGUGCGCCUGAACUCGGUGCUUUACGAUUCCUCCUUCUUUGAGGCCCUCGGUAUUCAACACAUCGACAUGAUCUUCGAGGACGGCACCUGCCCUCCCCUUUCAAUGGUGCGCAAGUUCAUCCGGAUGGCGCACGAUAUGAUCACUGUCAAGAAGAAGGGAAUCGCGGUGCACUGCAAGGCCGGCCUCGGCCGGACCGGCUGCCUCAUUGGCGCCUACUUGAUCUACCGGCACGGAUUCACCGCCAACGAGAUUAUCUCCUACAUGCGCUUCAUGCGCCCCGGGAUGGUGGUUGGUCCCCAGCAACAUUGGCUUCAUCUGAACCAAGGCACCUUUCGCGAGUGGUGGGUUGAGGAACGCCUGGAGCGGAAACUCCGGAAGGAAGCAGCGCUGGCCGCCGCGGCUGCCCAGGCCAACGGCAACCAGCCGAGCACUCCUAUCCGUGCCGUCCAGAAAACACAUCUUGGUCGCAGCGCCAGCAAGAAUGGCACUUCUACCCCGCCCAAUAGGACCCGCGUUCGUACGCCUCUCGGAGAGAUUGAUCAAGAUCACGGUCGUGACAAAAACAUCGGUGUGCAGGAGGACUACCUCCCCGCUCCAACACCAGGGCAGCCGCGAAAGGCCCAACGUAAUGGCAGCGAUCGCCAUCAUCCAUAUGGCCGCUCUACGAGCGCAGUGCCAACCGUGGAGGAAGAAGCUGUCGCGCAAGACGCUCAGGCGGGAAUCGCUUCGGCUUCGAAACGUCGGUCUCACGCAAAUGAGUCGGACGAGGAAUGGAAUCUGCGUAUGCGCUCCCACCGCAAGGCGUCAGCUUCGCUUUCCCCCGACCGCCGCGAGCGCUCGGUUAGCCAUCACACAACUACGACGACCACCACAGUGUAUCAAGUUAUCGACAAUGACGCAUCUAACGACAUCGAGAACAUCAGCAUGGCCGCAGCCAAGCCUAAGUCGUACGACCAAACCCAGCGCGCCAGCUCCGCGUCAGGCGUUCUCGCCAAAGUCCGUGGCGGCAGCAGUUCCCCCAAAAGGGCUGCCGCCGGCGCUGGCGUACGGGAGGCUGGUGUCCGCAAAACAAGCGGCCGGGUCGGGAGCAUUGGGUCUGUGUCACCUGUAACCGCGGCGACACGCAAGAUCAGCGGGACGCACUAG